AUGGCCGCACCCAACUCAGAUCCCGACUACUUGUACUACAUGAUCUACUUGCAGCCGGUCUGUACUAUGGAUCUUCCUGUCGAGAUUCCUCCCUAUCGUGUUGCAACAUUCGCAGAUAUCUCUGGCUCGUGCAUGAUCCAUCGAUGCAUCGGCAAACAAGGGACAGGAGUACUGACCGACCAGUGCAAGACUACACUCUCAAACGAUACACGACCGAUCGUACGUGCAAUCCCGAAGAGUGACUCAUAUGGCGGCAAUGGUUGGGCAGACGCGAAGUACCUUGCCAAACUGGCCAGAUUGUGUUUGUGUCAAGACUGUUGUCAAACACACUUGUCGGAUGUGGUGAUCGCUUGGGUAAAUGAACUUCUAGACCCAGACGGGGCUGAAGACGAGAGAGCGGACUCUGUUGUUGAUCCCGAGGAGACGAAGCCGUUGAUUACAGGUCUGGCACCUGUCAAGAGUCUGGUCGCAGGUUCCGUUGCUACACGCAACCUUUUCAGCAAGGUCUGUGGAUUUUGGUCGUGA